AUGAAAUUUCCUUCCAUCUGCAACAAAUCGAGAACCAAAGGGAUGUCAUGGAAACUGUCGCUUUUCUAUCACUUGAAAGCCAUUCCAUUCAUAAACAAGCCUAGAAGGUUGAAGCAUUCCAAUUCUGUUUUAUCAGACAGCACUGCCAAGUUUAUUUCAGCCUUGGAUUGCUCUUGGUCUCAAUCAAGACAUUGUUUCACAGUGCCCAAAGAUUCUGAAGAACUGUUGGAUAUGGCUAUCGAGGCACUGCGGUCCAACAGGCUGUUCUUCGAACCGGAUGACACUGGUUCCAUUCUAGAGGCAGCCAGGUUCCCAUUCAAGGAUUGUGUGGCAUUGGCCAUGGAAACAGUGGAUCCAUACAUGGAUUUUCGAGUUUCAAUGGAAGAGAUAGUGGAGGCAUGUGAACUCAAGGAACAGAAACAUCUAGAGGAGUUAUUGGCAUGGUACUUGAAGAUGAAUCGAAAGAAGAACCAUGAGUUUAUAGUGGGAGCUUUCAUCGACAUGUUUGCUACUAUUAAUUCGUGUUCCUCUUCUUGUUUUAUCUCUGUUUCUUCUUCAGCUUCAGCAGCUUCCAGGACAAUUAUCUGA